UCUCCCGUGAUUUACCCUCAAGACACUAGAGUAGAAGUACACCAAAGCUUUUAGGCGACGCCCCGCGCACUCACGCUCUCCAGUCCGCCUCAGUCCGACGCGCUCAGGAAGUCUGCUGAGUUACGCAUCAGAUAAAAAAAAAACUACGUUAAAAUUUCCUCGUCGCCGUAUUUUUUUUUUUUUUUUUUUUACAGAAUCGCGUUUGUGAACGUUUGCUGGUGCGCCCGUGUUUAUAAAGAAAGCGUUAUUUCAUAGGGAAACAUCUGCAGGAUGGCAGAAACCGAGGGAAGUCCGUUAGGAGGCUGUUUGGAGAAACUGAAGAGCUAUGUGCGAACUCGGAAAGGAACGAUCCUGGCCGCUGAAAUACUCAUCAGUUUCAUCAUCCUUAUCUGUUACGCCGCGUCCACGUAUGGCGGCUAUUCAGCGGUGGCCAUCUGCGAGAUGGUCUUUGCCAUCAUCUUCUUCGUUGUCUUCAUGAUGGGGCUGGAUAAACAGUUUCUGGUGGUGAACUGGCUCUGGAGCGAUCUGAUCCGUGCUGUAAUCGGUGCGGCGCUUUAUCUCAUAACCUCUCUGAUCUGUGUGAUCGGCGGCUCUGGAGACGGGGCUCGCAUCGCUGGAGGGGUGUUCGGUCUGCUGGCUGGGAUCUUGUUUGCUUACGAUUCCUACAUGAUUUUCAUGGAAAUCAAGAGCAGCAGACAGCAUACAGCAGCUCCCACAGGUCGCUGACGGCCGCUGAUGGCAGCACUGGUAUCUCAGAGAAAGCUCUGCCGCCUCACAUGCCCGCUUUUACUGUCGUGUAGCUAUAACGACUUAACCUGUCUAACUGCUCCCCGGUUAUUUAUUUCGCGUCUCCCCUUUUUGUUUUUUAACAGACGACACCGUUUGAAACUGCUUUCCCCACUACAACAUUAACAGCAACCAAAACACGGAGGGCAAGUCUAAAAACGGCAAAAGGAGUGAAUUCCCGAGAGACGAAGAACGCAAAAGGAAUGAAAAAUUACACAACUAAAGGGGUUUAUGUACAAAAAAGGGGUUGAAAAGGAAGGAACGGAAGGCCGUCGGCAUCCAAAGAUUCAUUCCGUCAUCUCGGUCAGGGCGGCUUUCGUUAAAACGAUCUGUUUUUGUUGGCUCGCUCGGUUACAAAAGCACUAUCACGACAUUUAAUAACAUCAGAUCAAUCUGAAUGCAGUGCUCAGAAUCUUCCCAUUCUUUACUAAGACUAGUUUCGACCAAGUCGUGAUUAGUUUGUUGUGUCGGAAAACUUGAUUCAAUUCAGUCUGGUGCUGUUUUUUUUUUUUAACGAUGAAACAUUAAGGUUGCUUAGGUUUUUAUUUAUGGUGUGAAAUUCCACCGUAAUUUUUGUAACUGUAACUAAAUUUUAAUAAUUCUUGAUUGUUCUUGUGUUUUGUGCUCGAACUAACUUUGAAGCUUAAUCAAACAGGAUUCGAGACCGAUAUAUUCAGCUCAGGUGCAGUUUUAGGUAUUUUUUUUUUGUUUUGUUUUUAACUGAAAAUGAAUGAAUCUCAGCCAUAAUAUCUUCAUGUUUGUACUAUAAAAGGUUCAGACGUCCAUGUGUUGGUACACGUUCGUUUUCUAACAUAUUGCCAUUAAACCUCUUACCUCAAGGGUUGCUUAUCGUCUGGAUGCCAUAAGUAUUUUUUUCGUUCUGUAAGACACUGAUCAUAUAUUAGACAUGUCUUCAUUUACAGCCCCUGGACUCUGGAAUAGGACACAGUUUUUGUCAGAAGCUUGUUCGAGGUGGAGAUUUGAAAUCUAGUUUUAGGAGGACACACUAAUUUGGCCUGACGUUUUUUCCCCUGCUUGGAAACCGUUUAUAACAUGUAGCAUUUUUUGUUAACCAUUAGUUCAACCGUUCUAUUAGUUAAAGACGCUUUACUCUCAUGUCUGUAUUGUUUUUGGACCUCACCUGUACUCCAGUGAUUUGUUGAAAGCAUUUAUUAGUGAGAUGGUUUCAGGUGGCAUCACUUGUGUAAAAAUGAUUAACUCAGGACGAUCUGCUCGUUUAAAACACACUUUUAAAGAAACACUUCGUUGCAUUUUUUUAGAAGUACAGCACAAGAUGUAAUUCUGUAGGAUGUAUGCCUCUAAUUGGUAUUGCUGGUAUUUCGAUGACAUUUAAUAAAAGGCUGUUAUAACUUU